CUACUCCACCUGCUUCCGUAACAAACUCUUCGCAUCGAUGGUGAAGCGACGAUGGUGAACUCGUAUGCACCUCUCCGUUUCACCAUCUUCAUCUCCUUCUCCCUCGCAGCCGCCACUUCCUUCAAGCUCUCCGCCUCCCACUCUCCAUCGUCGCUUCCCAAAGCCACCGCCGGCGAUCUCCUCACCGUUUUAGGACCACCCUCCUCCGCCGCGUACACCGUCAACCCCGCCGUCUCUCGAGAACUCCGCUCGUGCCUCAGAUUCCUCGUCCCCUUCCAACCGCGCAAACCUAUACCCGAACCGGGACGAUGCUCGCUUCGCACUGGACUCUGCUCGGGGAGGCGGAGGAGGUUCGAAGAGGAGGAGGAUGAGAAUUCUCUCGUAUGGUGGCCACCGGAGUCGGUUCUCGAGAUCGCUCGUCUCGCUGUCGACUCCGGAGGCGAUCCCGGUUCAAUUCACCGAGCCCUCGAUCCCACUAUGAUCCCGGUUCCUCCUACUAAUGUGGAAGGAUCAAGAACGAGCAAGUGUCAACUCACGAGAACUCCUUAUGGCCGUCACUUUAUAGCUGAAGAGGUGAACUCGUAUUUCGAGUUUUUGUUUCGUCUGAUUGAAUCUAGGGGACCGAGUGUAGGACUCAAUGUUUCGCUGAGUCGAUAUGAUCUGUUCCAUGGCCACCUGUUCCUUGCUUCAGAAUCUGGACGUCUUGGUAUAUUGUUUCAUGCUAAAGAGUAUCCAGCUUAUGACAAGAGAUUGUUUCCUUACAACAUGGGAUAUUGCCAGAGAGGAUCUGAUGUGAAGUAUGGUGAUUCCAUCAACUUGAGAAACAUCCUUUGGCUUGCACCAUUACCCAGCAAAUCUGGUCCAGGUUGGCUUGCUCCAGGUGUACUAGUGGUGCUUGAUGCGCAUCCAGAUGGAAUCAUAUACCGAGAUCUCAUCCCUAACUACGUCAAGUUUGUAAGAACUAUCUACGAAGAUGAUCUAGGAACUAGUACAGUUGAUGUCAAUUACUUUAAUGUGGGAGGAGCUGGAGAACCUGAUUAUCAGCUUUUCAUUUGCUGAAAUCAUUUACACAUUACAAGUCUGUACAUGAUUGAAACUCUGCUAAGAUUUAGUUACUGGAGAUGUUGGAGGUUCAAGAACGUGGAGUUGGAUGCUAAUUUAGAGCAGGUGUAGAAGUAAUGUGAACAAGUUACUGUAUCAAGUGAAAUUAUUUGUAACUUAAAUGGAAAGGUUUGGAAUGAUAUAUUGGCUUUGAUUCACACG